AUGACGCUGCAAAGCAACCUUGAAGACCUUGGAAAUAGCGAAAAGAAUGAAAAAGAAAAAAAUUUAGCGCCGCAUCCUAGAAAAUGGGACAUAGCGUGGAGGGAUUGUACCAUAUCUCUAAUAUUCCACAUCGGGGCUGCUUAUGGAUUAUAUUUGUCCUUUACUGCAGCCAAGUGGCAGACUUGGGUCUUUGCAAUUCUGUUGCACGUGGUUACGAACCUUGGAGUAAGCGUUGGAGCCCAUAGACUGUGGACACACAAAAGUUUCCAAGCAAAGCUGCCUCUUCGAGUCAUACUGUUGUUCCUUUUUACUAUGGCUUUUCAGUAUUCAGUAGUGUCGUGGUCUCGCAUUCAUCGAAUGCACCACAAGUACACAGACACGGAUGCUGACCCUCAUAACGCUAAAAGAGGCUUCUUCUUCUCUCACAUGGGUUGGUUGAUGAUUAAAAAACAUCCAGAGGUCAAGGCACAUAAGGUUGACAUGAGCGAUCUAAUGCAAGACCCGUUACUGCGGUUCCAGCACAGACAUUACUGGGAAGCUCUUUUUCUGUUAUGUUUCUUAUUACCGACAUACAUCCCCACCAUGUGGGGAGAACAAGCGAGAACCGCUUUCUAUAUUUGUGUAUGUUUACGGUACAUCGGCUCUCUCCAUAUCACUUGGUUAGUGAACUCUGCAGCUCACAUGUGGGGCUCAAAACCUUAUGAUAAAAAUAUGACGCCAGUAGAAAUCAGGAUAAUAUCAUUAUUAGCUGGUGGAGAAGGAUUUCAUAACUACCACCAUGUUUUUCCAUGGGAUUAUAGAAUAGCUGAGUUUGGAGGUUACUCCCUCAACAUUGGCAAGUUGUUCAUUGAUAUCAUGGCCAAAAUCGGAUGGGCGUACAAUCUUAAAUCGGUACCAGAUGAGCUGAUUGAAAAACGGGUGAAGAGAACUGGUGAUGGCACACACCCAAUUUGGGGCUGGGAUGACCCAGACUUACCACUGGAAGAUAGAGAUAUGUCAAUCGUAAAAUAA